AUGAUGUCCCCAAUAGCUCGAACCGCCGCUCUUUCAUCGAGAAGGGCCUUUGGCUCGGCACUGCAGAAAGCCGCCGCGCCGCCGGUAUUGUCUAGGAGCUUGUCGACCACAGCCCCUGCUGCACAAGAUGCAAAUAUCCUGCUCCAAGAUAAGGCCAAUGGCUUUGGGUUUGCGCGAUCGAACCCUCGACCGAAGAAGCCCAGAACUAAGGGAGUGACCGAGAUCAGAGGACCAUACUACACGGUGAUGGGCAAGAGAUACCUCGCCGAUGUUCUUGAGACGAUGGGCACACAUGUCGACGGGCUCAAAUUCGCCGGGGGUUCUUUCUCGCUCUUCCCAGAGAAGCCGCUCAGAGAGUUGAUUGAUCUUGCACAUGAAUAUGAUGUCUAUGUGUCAACGGGCGGAUGGGCCGAACACCUUCUCACACACCCAGACCCGAACGCGGUGUUUGACAAAUAUCUCUCGAAAUGCAAAGACCUAGGAUUCGAUGUGAUCGAGCUUUCUUCAGGCUUCCUAUCAUUCCCUGAAGAGGACUGGCUCCGCCUUGUCGACAAAGUUCACUCAUAUGGGCUGAAAGCGAAACCCGAGCUAGGUAUUCAAUUCGGAGCCGGCGGCGACACCUCAGCUGCUGGACUCGAGUCACUCGGCACUUCCGACCCUGGAAAACUGGUGAACUUGGGACACAGAUUCCUCAACGCGGGCGUGGAGCGCCUGAUGAUCGAGUCCGAAGGCAUCACUGAGAACGUAAACUCGUGGAGAACGGACGUGGUGUCGAAAAUCAUGAAAGAGCUCCCACCUGAGCGUGUCAUGUUCGAGGCAGCAGACCCCCAGGUGUAUACCUGGUACAUGAGGGAGUUUGGCAUCGAUGUGAACCUGUUCGUAGACCAUAGUCAGAUUGUUCAGUUGUCGGGUCUGCGCCAUGGUAUCUGGGGCACAGCGGACACUUUCGGACGACUGGUGUCUUUCCGGCCUGAGUAA